GCCCAUGCGGUAUACGUAACGUGGCUUGCUGUUGACAACCACAAGUUCUGCAGCUGACAGACUCGGAUUGACCACGAUAUAGACGGUCAAACACACGUUAUAGUGAACACGGUAUGUCAGAGACAGGCUGGGGCCAGCUGGCUCCGUACGAAAACUAUGGUCGUGUGGAUGACAGAAAGGAGGAUUUCCUGGUGAUAUCCUACAACGAGGCUACAUCGGAGAAAUACGCAACACACAAACAUGCCAGUCAUACCAUGCUUCUGGCUCGUGACCCUCGGGUGCUGUGGGAUCUUUAUCCGUCCAGGGCAGCUAUCCUUAUGCAGAUGCGAUUUGAUGGUGUGAUUGGGUUCCCAGGAGGUCUGGUUGACCCAGGAGAGGACCCUGUUGAGGCUGCCAAUAGAGAAAUGGUGGAGGAGGUUGGCCUUGACCUUACAAAACAUUCCAUAUCCAAGGAUAACCACAUCACGUCCUUCUUCAACGCCAGAAAGAGUCUUGUUCUCCACUUCUUUGGUUUGGAAGUCACACUGGGAGAAUUCUGCGAUAUUGAGCGGAGGAACCUGCAGGCACCAGACUAUGGGUCAGAGACCCUGGGACUUAUCCGUCCACCCCUGUAUACCAUGGGAGACAACUAUCGGGGCCUGCCAGCGUUCCUGUCCAACGGCUUCGCGGGUAAUGCCCGGGAUGAACUACUGACGGGCCUACAGUACUUCAAAACACACACUGCUGAGGAGAUUCAGGUAGCUCUCACAGCCCAGCAGCAGCAUGCGGACGUAAACCAGGGUUGUCUGGGGCACAUAAACCCCAGCAGUUGAUACAGAACCUUUUUACCCGGCUUAAG